AUGAAACCAUGGGCGGAACAGCGGCCGGCGUCUCCCCAGAGAGCUGGAUUAGCUACGUCGCCUAGCAAGUCACCGUUUGUUCGGCCAGCUGACAUCUAUCGACGCGUUGAGGAAGAAAAGGAACGACGAGGCCCGCAGGCUGGUACAUUUCCUAGCAGUACAGCAGUGUCCGCUGGAACACGGGUUGACGAGACUGCUCACAAGCCAUCUGUAUCAGAAAAUACUGGCUUGGGCCUGCAGUCAGUCCAUGACGCAACUUUGAGUGCUGAAAGGAAGAGCGAGUAUGGUCUCGAGGGCUUAAUUGACAGCUAUGGCCAUAGAGAAUCCACGGUUGCCCAUCCAGCAGGAGGAGGGGACACAAAGCUGUCUCAGGAGCCAAACUCCGACUGUGCGGGCACAGUGAAUUCGCGGCGUUUUUCAACAAGUCCGCAAUUACCGGAUUUAGCUCGCAUGUCUGGGUUUGGAGAAGACUUCUUCUCCUCUGCGCUUUUUUCUGGUUCGAAAAUUGACUCGCCCGCCCAGACCUCUAUGCAGUCUUCUGUAUCCGAUUGUACGCCUGCUGCACCCAGCAUCCAGCCGGCCUGUGCAGGGUUGACGUCAGGCCAAUCAUGCACUUUGCUUUCUGCACACCCUCCUCCGCACACGCCUGUGUCCUUUCCUUCAAAACCGGUCGUCGAUUCGAACGCACCGCUGCAUUCUUCCAGCGCUAGCGUGGCCAGCAACUCUACUACCUCCUCCUCACCCGCCGGGCCCGAUCAGGCCGUUGGGCUGCCGUUUCGCGAUAAACCUCGCGAACUAUCCCCAGGUAGCGACGGUCCCACCGAGCAACGGCAACCCGCAGCGGAGCCUUCACGCGAGGCCGCAUUACAUGCAGGAAAGCACACUAUCUCUUCCCCGACUGCCCCAGCGUUACCAGGUGGCUGGGUUUCUGAAAGCGCGACACCAGCUCUUGAGCCUUCUCACUCCCCUCAAAAUCCAGCGCUCUCUUCUCAUCAGCUGCCGGCUAAGGCAAUACCAUCCCCACGUUCUCCAGAGGCACCCGGGCUCCCUGCAGGGCAACCUCAGCAGGUCGCAUUAACACCAAAUAGCCAGGAGAUGGUUAUCCCAACAUCUACCCCCGCGACAAAAGCAGCUACGGCAGUUUCAACCCUUCCUAUUUCGCCGCGUGAACCGUCCCCUCUCCAUAUAGCUAGCCCGGUCUCAUCUCAACACGCCACGUCUAAUGUGGACCGUAAUGUACACUCGCCUACAAACCAAGAUCGCCUUUCUGGAAGCCAAAUAACGACAAAUGCAACCUCUUUCCAUCUUGGGCUAACGACCACAGCACCGUUAAAUCCUCGAAAGGGUUCGUCGGAUGCUAACAUUUCUCUUCUACCCCCCAUCGUUUCCCUCCCUCCAUUAGACGCAGACACGUCCUUUGGCUCGUCGAAUAGCUCCCCGGUUAAAGACAGCGACAUCUUGAGUGAGGAGAUCAUCAAGUCCCUGACUCCAUCAGAGCCGCCUACUAGGUUAGGUGGAAAAGCCAGGGAGCUGACGACUGCAUAUCCUGCUGCAGCAGAACUCGAGCUUUCUCGCGAAAGCAGUUAUCUUGGCGAUGUCUAUGGGGAUUACUGGGCAUCAGUUGGAGAGACGUUCUCCCAGGGCGAUCGACCAAAAGAAUCUCCACAGCCUUCACCGGUUUCGCUACGGCCUUUGGACACUCUUCAGAAACCACCUUCCGCCAUACUAGCCAAAAACGUUGUCAAUCAGACCAGCCCAGAAGACUCUACAACGAUUAAUCCAGCUGGUGCUCCUGAUACAACAGCGAACGGGACUGGAACACCCCGCAAUCGCUUCUCAUGGGAGGAAGAAGACGUUGGCGAAAGCAUCAUCAACAGUUCGGGCCAGCGAGCACAAACACCUUCUGAGCCCAAAGCUUCUGUGUCCGAUGUGGCACAGAGCUCCGUGCUUGCUACGGAACCAACUACUGCCACUACCGCGGUGACUAAGCCGUCACCCAUAUCUUCUAAAGUGGACAUUCGACAGCCAUCUCCAGAUCCACAGUUUGUCUGUCCUCCUGAGCGAAGUCAAGCAGCAGCUGGAGGCGCUUCCGAUAAAGCUCCCGGCUUCUCCGUGUCCGAUUAUAGCGUCAGUAGCCGUUCUCCGGUUUUGGAACGGCCUGAUGUUCAAAUAAGCACUCGGCCGCUGUCACCAAGUGAAAAUGCUGUUUCACAAGACUCAUCGACGGGCAAAUCUCCGGAGGCCGAGCAGGCCAAGACCUCGAAUGUUUCUUCGAUCAAGAAAGACUCCCCUAAUACUAUGCCAUUCCGCAAAAUAAUGGAACUAAGUUCACCAGCAGAGCGCAUCAAACAGUACAACCAUGCUCGAUGGCAGGUCUCUACAGCGGAUUCUGGGCUGACGGAGUGGGUAUCGGUCAUGCUGGCAAGACACCCUGAACAUGUUGACUCCGGGUUUUCAACGACUCCGGCAUUGCGUUCCCCUGGAUUUCCGGGUCAGGGUCAAGGCCCGCUGAAGUCGCCGAUCGUGUUGUCGGGAGCAUCUCAUCAUUUACAUCAGUUGGGACAUUCAAGCAACCAGAUGGGUUCAAAGGGCAAGGAGUUCUUGAUGGCGGCAGGAAAGGCCGGUAAAGGGCUUUUGAAUAAGGGCCGGAGCAAACUGAAGGCACUCGAGGACAAGCUGGAAGAGAGGAGGUAG